GUUUUCCACCUGCCGAUUUUCUACUUCUCUCGCACACGACAGUAUUCGUCACACGGCCGUCACAGCGAGCAGAAUAGUGAUAUCAAUGAAGGUCAACGCAAGGAUAAGGACCUACAUCCUGGUCCUCUUGGCGCUCUUCCUAGCGGCUAACUUCAUGAAUAAACCGGAAAUGGAGGACAUCUCUGCCAUAGCUCGCUCCAAAAUCUCUACGCAUGUAGCACCGCCAGAUUCGAGUGACCCUAUCUCCUCGUCGUAUGGUUUGUCGGACAACAGCGGCUACUACAAGAGCCAUUACUUCGUGUGGCCGGCAGCGAAGUGGGAGGAGGCCACGUUGAAGUCCAAAGUGUGCCUCCUUACCCAGGGCGGCGUCGACAGAAUUUUCUGGGUGGUGCGCCAGGCCGAGGCGUUUGCAGGUCCUGUGUCUAUGGGCAUCUUUGUCGCGGGCUCCGAGUACGCCGUGGCAGUCGAAAUGGUGACGUAUAUGAGGAAGUGCUUUCCUCCUGUGCGAGACUGGGUGUCCUUCCACAUCAUGUACCCCGCAGGCAAGCCGCCUAAGCUGUCUCACUCGCCAAAGACGUUUGCCCUCAACUGCUCUGAUCCGGAAGGGGCGAACCGGUUGUUUAUGAGUCUCCGCGACAAGACGGAAUCCAUGGAAACCCACUACCCUCAAAACCACAUGAGGAACGUGGCUAGAAAAGCUUGCCCCUGCGACUACAUCCACAUCGUCGACAUCGACAUGCUGGCCACCCCUCGCAUGGCCGAGAACUUAAAUGGCUUCCUCACGACGAUGGAGGCAACGAAACUAUGUGAGAAGUGCAUCUACGUUGUGCCUGCUUACGAGGUUCAUGACUCCGUUAAGAAGUAUCCCGACAACAAGAAGGAACUACUCGAGCUGGUGCACAAAGGGCUAGCGCAGGUGUUUCACGUCAAGGUAUACGACCGGAACCAGGGCAACGGCCGUUUCCCGCAGCAAUGGGAGGUGGAACCGACCGACGAAGACGCAUCGGAUUACGGUGUUCUCUACGACAUUAAUAGCUACCAGGAGUUUUGGGAGCCGCUGAUGGUCAUGCCCUACACGGCCCCCUGGCACGAUGAGCGCUUCGUCGGGUUCGGCUUCAAUCGCAACAGCCACAUGUUUGAACUUCACUGCCUCGGCUACAGGUUCAAGGUGUUGGACAGAGCUUUCCUCGUCCAUCGGGGAUUUCAAACCAAACAUAAUUAUCCAGCUCGGCGAUACACUCAGCUUACGGAAAAUCGCGGACGAUAUGCCUCCUUCAAGAACGAAAUCAGUGCGAAAUACGGAUGCUAGUAAAGGAAGCUUCCCUUUUAUUAAGAAAAUCUGCAACAGAGAAGAUUUUUUGAUACAUAUGUAUAAUUUUGAUAUAAUAAUUAUAGCCAUGGGACAUUUGGGCAUUUUUAUGUUUUGUUUUGUUUUUUUCUUUCUUUCUUUCUUUCUUUUGCGUGUAGGGUGGGGUGUAGGGAAUGGCUUUAAUCGAAAUCGAAACAUGUCCAGGCUAGGUAUUACGUGAAAAUGCCCGACUCUCAUAUUAAUUAUUUAUAUCGUGUGCUUACUCUGAAGCCAUUAAUCUAUUUACAGGCAGGGAGGGGGUGCUAUUCCCUAAAACGCGGCCCAUAGACUUAUGAUGUACUGUUUACGUGGUCAUGUGGUGAAUUUAUGUCAUAUAGCUUUCUCGGAAUCAGUUUGUCAAGUGCGUAUAAGAAACAUGUGUAGUUUGCCAAUUAUGAAUUGCAAAUAUGAAUUGAGUUCAUUGCAAAUAUAGAAAAGGUAAGAAUGAGAUGUAAUUUAACGGUUUCAAUCAUAUCUUCUGUUUCUAACGAAGAUAUAAUUGAAUCCGGUGAAAUAUAUCUCUUACACUGUAAAAAAAAAAUCAUUUUCCUUCAGAAAUAGUAAUUUCUCGAACGGUAUUGAAUGUGAAAAAUGUACAAUUAAACAAAGGACUUUCAUCGUAAACGUUAUGUUUCUAUUGUGACAAAUUAACAGAAAAAAAGUUGGGUCAUUAGAUAGAAAUAUGAAUAGAUAGCAGAAUUGGAUAGACUGGACAAGAGGAAGAGAGGGGGAAAUAAAUAGAAUGCUAGAUAGAGAGACGGAGAGAAAUAGAGAAGGAGGGAGAGAAAGGAGCAGGGGAUGGAGAACGAGAGAGAGAUAGAAAGAGAGAGGUGGGGGGCUAUUACCGUGCUGAUAAUCUUUGAAUAGUUAUAAAAAAAAACAUUUCAAGUGCCUAAAUAUUAUUAUUUUUUUAACAAAAUAACUACCUCAGAUAUCAUUAUGUUGCAUAACCAUUUAAUUAUAACUAUAAAAUUAUCUAUGGUCUAUGUAACUGCACAUAGAAUGAAAAGUCCUUGGCUAUGUUUUACAGAUGUGAAAGUAUGUAUGUAUCCGCAUAUGCAUGUAUAUAUACAUAUAUUUUCAUAUUCUUCUCAUCUUUUCUUUUCUUUUUUCUUCUUUUUCUACUUCGACAGUCCUACUUGUAAUAAAUAAGUGAUAUGACGAUAGUUGUGACGAUAAUGUGCAUAAAUAGAUAAGGUUGAUUUUCAUUUAUUUUCUCUGUUUUCUUGUACUGUUGGAAUUCCGUUUAGGUGUGUUGUUAUUCAAAUGUUUUGUUUAUAACAGUUGUUUAUAUUGAAUAGUUUGUUCAAAUAGGAGACUCAGAAGAUA